AUGUCUGUCUAUUCAGGAUUUGCUACUAGAUAACUUGAAAGUUAGUAUAAUAAACUAAUUACUUCUUUGCUUAAAAUUUUGCAGCGUAGAAUAAUAAAGUUUUAUAAAAAUGAAGAAGCAGAUGAGAAUCAAUUUAAAAGAGUUUUAGAAGAAGUAAUUAUACACUAUUAUUCAGACUCUUAUGAAAUUGAAUCAAAUGGAACAUCAAAAAUAUAAUGAACCUUAUAUCAGUGCCAUCAUGGGAGAAAUUUGUGAUUUAUUACAAAUUUAACAAAAUUGUGCAACAGGUUGUUCCUGUUAAUGCCAUCUUUAACUUAGGAAGCAAACAUUUUUAACUUAAGAUAAAGAAAUCUUAUCAAAUCCUUCUUCCUGCAGAAAAUAAACUGGAAGUUCUAGAAAGGCAAGUUUCAAUGGUAUCAAUAAAACUACUUUUAUCGACAAAACCUAAUUAUCUAAUAUUCAAUAACCUACUUAAUUAUAAUCAACUUUCAAAUCCCCGUAUUAUUUAAAUCAUAGCAACUAAUCAUAUGAUAAAUCUAAAUUAAAUUUUUACUAAAAUACAUCUAAUAUCACUCAUACUAGUUCUAUUGAAAGACAUACUACUAAAAGUUAUUUAAGACAAUAAUCAAAAUCUCCAGGAAGUAAUAUUCCAUCUAGAAUUAUGAGAUCUUCAGAAGGUCAAAGAGCUAAUCCGAAUGAAAGUUUGGAAGAGAGAAGAUAUGAAAAAUCAUAAACAUUUGGUUCAUAAUAUAAUAAAUUUUUUAGAAAGAGAAAUUUUUGAAAUACA